GUUUUAUUUAUUAUUUGUGUUCUGUGCUUUUUCUGCUCUUUCAUAUAAUUUUAAUUCUAUGGUUGCGUUUUUUGGUUGAACGAAGAGUUUCGAAGUUUGCUCAAAUUCUGUAAUUGUCUUUCUUGAUAACUGAAUAAAUAAAAUGUUGGAAAUAACAUGUAAUGACAGGCUCGGUAAAAAGGUUAGAGUGAAAUGUAACCCAGAUGACACAAUUGGAGAUUUGAAAAAAUUGAUAGCCGCACAAACUGGAACAAGAUGGGACAAAAUUGUCUUGAAAAAGUGGUACACAACAUUCAAAGACCACAUUCAAUUACAGGAUUAUGAAAUUCAUGAUGGAAUGAAUAUUGAAUUAUAUUAUCAAUAGAAACAGCAGUUUUUCGAAUCGUGGAUGUAUAUGGAAUUAUUAUUUGUGAUCAUUAUCAUACUAAGUAUUAAAUAUGUUAAGAAUAAACAAAUAACAAUGGG